UAGAAUAGAAAACAAAGAUAACACUUAUAGUCAUGUUAUUAAAUUUUGCAUCAUUUAAAUUUGUAUUAACCCACCAUCGACUCACAUAUAGAAUAGAGUAGGCGUACUCAUAUAGACAGACCACUCCUCAGUGUGAGACGCGCUUCCGUGUUUACACUCCAGCCAGAAAAAAAAGAGGAAAAAACACUGGCGGCUGUUGGGCGAAUGUUUACCGAGCAAGCAUCGAGUAGUGGUGAGGGAAGUGACAGUCACACUGGAGCCUCCUCGGUGUAUGGUAACAACACAGGUGUUCGGCUUCCACGGUUGCAUUUUACAGCGGAAUGUUCACUCGAAGGGGCCAUGGAGACGUCAAGAAAUCUACACAGAAAGUUUUGGACCCAAAGAAGGAUGUUCUGACGCGGCUGAAACACCUGCGCUCUCUGUUGGAUAUCAUUGACAAGAGCGAGCUGAAGUCAUUCUUCGAGAGCAAUUGUUCACAGAUUUAUUUUAUCUUCUAUGAAAAUUUCAUCACACUGGAAAGCAACCUAAAACAAAAAGGGAUCAAGUCUCAAAGGGAGGAGCUGGACUCCAUCCUCUUUAUUUUUGAAAAAAUUCUACAAUUUCUGCCGGAGAAAAUCUACAACCGGUGGCAGUUUCACAGUAUAGGUUCUAUUCUGAAAAAGCUUUUACACACUGGAAACUCUUUCAAGAUCCGAUGUGAGGGGAUCCGUCUCUUCCUGCUGUGGCUGCAAGCCUUGAGGGACAAUUGUGCUGAAGAGCAGUUCCUUAUUUAUGCCUGUUUGGUACCAGGUUUCCCUGCAGUGCUUUCGUCCAGGGGACCUUGCACCCUUGAUACAAUCAUUUACAACCCCUUCUCCAACCCACCUGAUGCUAAGGUGGUGCCUGAAGAGAUUACCCCACUUGUUCCAGCUGUGAUUGGCGAGAAGGUGGCAGAUGACCAGACAUGUUACAUCCUCGAAACCCUUCUCAAGUUCAUGGUUACCCAGGCAUCCAGUUUAGAGUGGAGGAACAAAGAAUACCAGGAGACGGGCUUCAGGUUUCUCUUCAGUCUGUUCAAGAAGUACUACCUUCCACAUUUAUUCCCCUCUUUCACCAAACUAACAAAUCUCUACAAGCCUUUAUUAGACCUCCCACAUCACAGACCAAAACCUUUGUACGUGCCAGUGACAAGGAACAAUGAGAGCACCUUUUGCACUAGGGACCAAUACUUGGCACCCCGUGUGGCUUUCAUCACAUGGCUCGUCACCUUCUUUCUCAAGAAGAAGUAUGUCUGCAGCACUGCAACAGCGCAGAAUACAAAGAAUGGCCCUGAAGUCCUUCCUAAACUCAUCCAGACUGUCACUGCUGGCAGUAGCAGCCAGGAGAAGGAAAAGGAGAAGACAUCAGAUGGAGACUCAAACGGGCCCACGGGUGAACCUGAAAAGAGCCACUCCAACAGCAGCACACUCUCAGAUCGACGGCCCAGUGAUUCCAGUUUAUGUAGCAUCGAAGAGGAACACCAAUAUGUCUACGACAUGGUGCAUGCCAUUUUACUAUCAACCAGGGACAAUGUGAAUUUCGUCAACGAAGUCUUCCACCAGGCUUUCCUGUUACCGUCAUGCGAGGCAUCGGCAACGAGGAAGGUGAUCAAAGUUUACCGAACGUGGAUACUGCAGGAGAAGCCCAGUUUUAUGGCAGAGCCAGACAAGACUGCACUGGAAGAUGAAGUGGAUGAUAGCGCUGAACAGAUACUCAGCUCAGAAAAUAAUAACAUGCAAGAACAGAUACUAGAGAGUCAUGGCCAUAAGCGAUCAUCAAGUUGGGGAAGGACCUACUCUUUUAGCAGCGCAAUCAAUCGAGGCUUUCUCACAGAGGAGCAUAACAGGGACGUCAAAGCAGGAAUCCAGUCCACACUACAGGUGUUCCUGACAAACUCUUCGAAUGUGUUCCUCCUUGAACCAUGCCAAGAUGUACCCAAACUCCUGGAGAAUCAGGUCGAAGUGUGCAAGUGUGUCCUGAGCAUCUACCGACACAUGAUCAUGGAGCACACAAUGGAUACACAGACCUGGGAGCAGAUGUUACAGGUAUUACUGAGGAUCACUGAAGCAGUGAUGAAGAGGCCAUCAGAAAACCAAAGAAAAGACAGCUUUGCUGGAAGUCUGGCAUCUAUCCUUUUUCGGACCAUCAUUGUGGCUUGGGUGCGAGCCAACCUGUGUGUGUACGUCUCUCGGGAGCUAUGGGAUGAGCUGCUUACAGUGCUGUCCUCUCUGACCUACUGGGAGGAGUUGGUGACAGAAUGGGCCAGCAUUAUGGACUCCUUAACAGCUGUUUUGGCCCGCUCUGUAUACGGCUUAGACAUGGCGAACUUGCCUCUGGAUAAACUCAGUGAACAGAAGGAAAAGAAGCAACGAGCACGUGGAGUGAUUCAGGACUCCCAGAAAGCAGCUGCAGUGGCACGCUCCUUCUCACUAAGUUGGAGGAAUCAAGGAGACCUGGGUGGGGCAGGAGUUCAGGAACCAAUGAGGAUUCGUUCUGCCACCACGUCAGGUGCUCCUGGUGUGGAGAAGGCCCGCAGUAUUGUUCGACAGAAGGCUAGUGCUAAGCGAAGCCAGUCCAUCAGCAACUGUGUUCACCUAUGCGAGGCUUUGCCCACUGCUAAAAGCGUUCCUACGCUGCUCCACACUGUGAGCUCUUUUUUGCCUGGUAUCGCUUCUGGUAACUCUGCUUGCUCUCACAGACUCUCAGAUGUAGAAGAGAGUCAGCUGUCAGAAUGUGGGGAAGAGUUAGGAGGCGGAGAUAGCCCACUCGCACGUAGUAGCAGCACCUCAGACAUUACGCAGCAACUCUCCGAGACAUUACAAGACCAGAAGAGAGAGCACUCACCUGCUUCUUGUGGUUCUGAUAGUGGGACAUCUGACAGAAGAGAAGGCAGUGAACCACCAGUUAUUCUGAUCCGCCGAAGCAGCAGUCCAGCUGAGACUGAAAAUAAUGUUGAGGGGUACCAUUACUAUGCAAGGGCCAAACUCCGAGAAAAAAGUGAAAGUAUUAGCAGUGAGACUUCAAAUGGCUACCUCAAUGAAACUGAGGUCACCUGGCAGGCGUUUGACGAGGAGGCUGACAGUCAGUCCACCCAAUCAGCCCACAUGGAUGUGACCGCUGAUCCACAGAGCCAAGGGAGUCUGCUGCUCAGUCAACAUGAGGCUCUUGCAGGUCCCAACUGUGCUCUAUCUCCCCACUCUUCACCCCCACCCCAAUACCACCACCACUACCACUAUCCUCAGAACCCCCCAGUCUCCCCAGCCCUCGUGGUGCACACUGAGUGCCCGCAGGAUUGCCCCCUGGACGACAACAUUCAUCAGUCUGUCUUACAUAUGCCACACCACUUGGACAGCAGUGAGUGUCUGACUGAUGAUGUCAGUAUAAUUGCGGGUGGGACCCUUACAGGAUGGCAUGCUGAUUCAGCUUUUGUCCUAUGGAGGAGGAUUUUGGGUAUCCUUGGAGAUGUUAACAAUAUCAGAUGCCCCAAAAUCCAUGCCAAAGUGUUUUCUUAUCUCUACGAUCUCUGGCAAAAACUUGCUAAGAUCCGAGAUAACCUUGCGAUCAGCGUGGACAACCAAUCUUCCCCACCUCAGCCUGCUUUCAUUCCUCCCCUCCGUAUGCUUGCCUCCUGGCUAUUCAGGGCCACGAUGCUACCAGCAGAAUACAAAGCAGGAAAACUUCACGCCUAUAAGCUUAUCUGUGAAAUGAUGACCAGACAUCAGGAUGUGCUUCCCAGCACUGACUUCCUUGUUCACCUCUACCACACGUUGCACACUGGCUUCAAUAGCAAUGAUCAGGAUACUUUGAACACCAUUCUCCGUUCCUGCUCUCCAAGAUUCUUCUUCCUCGGUUUGCCAGGCUUUACAAUGUUGGUUGGAGAUUUCAUCACUGCUGCUGCCCGCGUCCUCAGUUGUGACUCUUCAGAGGCUCCCAGGAUAGAGGCACAAACAAUUCUCGGUUCAUUAGUGUGUUUCCCAAACCUUUACGUCCACAUUCCUGUCCUGCGAAGUGUAGCAGGCUCUGAUGACAUUCAUGUUGGAAAUGAAGAUAUUAAGGAUUAUCUUGCCAAUAUCCUGCUUGAGGCUGCAACAAAGGAACAUUGUGAAGGGGCCAGGUGUAUUGCUGUGUGCAGUCUGGGCCUGUGGGUGUGUGAGGAACUCAUGCAAACACAUAUCCAUGAGCAGGUCAAAGAUGCCAUCAACGUCUUGGGAGUAACCCUUAAGUUUGGAAACAAAGCUGUGGCUCAGGUAGCCUGUGAUGUGUUUCACCUACUCAUCUCUCACUGGGAGCCUCUCCAAAAUGUGGAGCCGACACUGCCUAAAAAAAUCAUUGAGAUAUUUGUGGCCACAAUAGCCUUUUUGUUGCCGAGCGCUGAGCAUUCAACAGUGGAAGCUGAGAAAAAGUUGGUGGUGUCGCUACUGCUAUGUCUUUUGGACUGGUGUAUGGCUGUUCCCCUGAGUCUGCUGUUAGAACCUAUUACCACAUCUCUUUUGGAGGGGCACGCAUCUCACAAAGCCCCACUGCUGGACUACAUCUACAGGGUGCUGCACUGUUGUGUGUCAGGCUCCACCCUCCACACCCAACAGAGCCACUACCUCCUCAGCUUAGCAGACCUGUCCUCUGACUAUGAUCUCAUGUUGGGGCAGGUGAAAAGUUUUGAGCCACCACCUUCCCAGACGACCACUACCGACUUCCGCAGCUUGCUCACUGUAGCAGAGGAAAAGCGGCGUCGGAGCAUGGAGCAGAUUCCCCUGACGGCACGGAUGGUCAUGACGCACCUGGUGAAUCAUUUAGGCAAUCAUCCACUAAAUGGAGGUCCAGCCCUUCUCCACAGCCUCGUGAGCGAAAAUCAUGACAACCCAUACGUGGAAUCUUCUGAGCUGUCAUCUGAGGUCUUCAAAAGCCCCAAUCUUCAGCUGUUUGUUUUCAAUGACACCACAUUGGUGUCCUACCUGCAGAUACCCGCAGAGACACCCAGUGUCAGACACCCAUCACACCCGUCCUCACAGGUGCGCAUUAUUGUCCGUGACAUUUCAGGUAAAUAUUCAUGGGACGGGACAAUCCUUUUCUCAACCAACCAAGAAGACUGUGACGACAUCGAUGUUUUUAGUCCAGCUGAUCACAUACUUGCAACCAAUGCUACUACUGCACACAGCAAAACUCUGUCCACUUCCCCAACAAAAGGACCAUCAAAGUAUCAUUUUUCUGUCUCUGAUUCUGUCCCUGACUCCUGCGAUGUGGAGGAAGUAGAUUAUCUCAACAAACUUUUGGAGGAGCUUGGCCAGAGCAGCCCAGAAUGCCUCCCUAAAGCUCAACUCCAACUAAAUCAGCCAGCUCCUUCACCUUUGGGAAUGAACCUUGAACAAGAAAGUGCCAUCAUCAGUGCCAUUCUUCAUCAGACUCAACAGGAAGAGGAGCAAGUGAGAAGGUGGGACACUGAUGUGAGUUUUCGGGCAUCCUGCCAGAGGGAACCGUCCCACCAGGAACCCAAAGCACCUUUUUAUUAUUGUCGACUACUGCUCAAUGACCUUGGCAUGAACUCCUGGGACCGAAGGAAAAAUUUCCAUUUGCUGAAGAAGAACUCCAAACUCUUAAGAGAACUAAAGAACUUGGAUUCUCGACAAUGUCGAGAGACGCACAAGAUUGCUGUGUUCUACAUUGGUGAGGGCCAAGAAGACAAGUGCUCCAUCCUGUCAAACAGUUCUGGCAGCCAGCCUUAUGAGGACUUUGUUUCUGGGCUCGGAUGGGAGGUUGACCUGGCCACACACUGUGGCUUUAUGGGUGGCCUCCAGAGAAAUGGAAGCACAGGAUUAACAGCACCCUACUAUGCUACCUCCACCGUAGAGGCCAUCUUCCAUGUCUCUACGCGGAUGCCAUCUGAUUCUGAUGACAGUCUCACCAAAAAGCUUCGUCACCUUGGUAAUGAUGAGGUGCACAUUGUGUGGUCAGAGCACACCAGGGAUUAUCGUCGUGGCAUCAUUCCAACUGACUUUGGAGACGUUCUGAUUGUCAUUUACCCCAUGGAGAACCACAUGUAUUUCAUCCAAAUCAUGAAAAAACCACAGGUUCCAUUCUUUGGGCCUCUUUUUAAUGGCGCCAUCAUCAACGGGAAGCUGCUGCCAAGCUUAGUGCGGGCCACUUGCAUCAAUGCCAGCAGAGCUGUCAAAUCCCGGCUCACUCUCUACCAGAGUUUCUAUGAAGAAAGAGCACUCUACCUGGAAGCAAUUGUCCAGAAUCACAGAGAGGUCAUGACGUUUGAAGACUUUGCUUCGCAGGUUUUCUCCCCCUCCCCUGGCUACACGACGAGUGGGACAGCGUGCAGGCGUUGGCCGGGAAUGGUUUGGGACAUGGAAUACCCUUGGGCCAAACUGGACUGUUCCCUCUCCAGUAGCACAAACACUGAAGUCUCCACCACUCCAUCGACAGACCCUGUUGACCAGGUUUCCCCCACCAUGCCCCGGGCCACAAGGAACAGAGUCUCCGGAAGACUCCGCCGAUCGGCUAGCGCAAUAAGCAAAUCGUCCAACUGAACUGAAAUACAACCUCGAAUUCUCGACUGCAAGGAAGUCUUAUGUUUGUUGUUGUUCUGUUAGCUCAUGUGACAUGAAUAUGUAACUGGAGGGCAAUGCAAUUUGUAAUGUAAGUGGCAAUCAGUCACUUUGUUGAGACCUUUCCUCUUGAAGCAGAACAUUAGUCGUAAUCUGUUUCAGCCUCUUUGACUGUGAGCAGUGCCGUUUUUUUUUUCUUUUUUUUUUUAUACUCGUGU